CUUGGAAAUUGGACGGCUUUAUGUUUCUAUGGAAACCUUACAACACAAUAACAUCUUGGUCAUUGAAUUUGAGAAAAUGAGUGAUAUUCAGAGAGAAACUCUUCAAGAGAUUACUAUCAAAUUGGCUGAAGAUCAGCUGAGGAGUCAAACUACACUCAUUGGUCCAAGAGAGAGGACAACAUUCAUCCUAGGGAGCAAGAAUGUCGGAAAAUCUUCAAUCAUUAAUCGAUAUCUUGACCGGGAUGAGAGCCCCAAAGCUACUUUAGCUCUGGAAUACUCUUACGGAAGACGCUCGAGUCCUGGCCAAGGAAUCCAGAAACAAGUUUGCCACGUUUGGGAAUUGGGAACUGUCGUCAAUUCCGAACAUCUUUUGAGCAUCCCUUUCAGAUCACACGACAUCGAGCACGUGUCCGUGAUUAUUGUGAUGGAUCUCUCAAGACCUGAGGCUCUCUGGAAUGACUUACAGUCAGUAGUUUUGGGACUGAAAAGUGCCUUUGGAGACUCCGUGACACGAGAUAGAGCCAAAGAACUGAAGACUCUCAGAGAAGUGGAUCACAAAGAUGCGAGCACUCUGGAUUUAUUCCCUGUGCCGGUGUUUAUCAUCGGCGGGAAAUAUGAUAUGUUCCAGGAUAAGGAUCCAGAGAUCAAAAAACAAGUCUGUCGAUGCUUGAGAGCAACGGCUCAUCUUAUAGGAGCAUCGCUGUUCUUCUAUUCCAUGCACAACAGUGCAAUGGGUAAAACUCUGAGGGACAUUCUAAACCGCUGUGGCUUCGGAAGUCCUGCAAAUCCGAUCAGGAAUUUCAUGGUAGAUUACAAUGGCCCACUGUCCGUGAGCUUUGAACAGGAUUCAUGGGAUGCCAUCGGUAUUCCGCCAAAGAGUUUGGAAGCAAUUGGAUCGCUUUAUUGCAGUGCCAUUCCACAGGAGGACAACAGCGUGCCGCCUCUUCCUCCAGAUCCAGUGAAGGAUGCCGAUUUCAGGGAACCAAUUAUUGAUGAAUUGAGAGCUCAAAGAGAUGAGGAAUUCCAGACGCUUCUUAAGCAUUCGGAUCUGACUGGGAUGUUUGAAAAAAUCGUCUGAUUUUCACACGCAGAAUGUGUCUUGGAUGAGCUGGCUUUU